CACAAAGUGCCCUUAUUCUUUUUAAAGUAAUGCAGAAAAUGGCUACAAAUAUUGUUUAAAGAUCUUGCAAGAACACAUUGAUCAAGGAACAAAAGAUCUUGAUAUUAUGAAUAUUUCGGCUAUGAGCCUAGAUUGGUAUGCGCACUUGUUAUUAAAUAUGUCAAGAUAUACUGAAGCCAUGAGACAUAUGAAAAGUGCUUAUGAAUUAUGUGUAAGACUUAAUGGAGAGGUCCACGAGCAAAGUGUUAUUCUUUUGAAUGAUUUAGGAUCUAUAAGUUUUACAAAAGGUAAUUUAGAUGAUGCAGUAGAUUACUUAACUAAAGCUGUUGUAACAGGAGAAAAGUUGGCAGAAAUGGAUGACAUCGCUUCCAUCCAUGUGAAUUUAGGAAAUGUUUAUAUAAAAAAAGGUUUACUAGAUGAAGCUAAAAAAUCUUGUUUGAAAGGAUGGAAGUUGUCGAAAAAAACAAAAAAUGAUGAAUCUAUGGGAGAAGCAAAACUGUGUCUUGAAGAAAUAAAGAAGUUAUUAACAAAGUAAAAAGCUGUGGAAAAUAUUCUGAAACAUUGCUUUAUGUAUAUAACAAUUUUUUUAAUUUGGACAAGAACAUUAUAAAUCUAGUCUAUAGGAACAACGUCGUUAAUAUAGAUUUUUAAUUGUAAGAGUUGAAGAGUGCUAAAUAUUUUUUUAGAUCCGUUACGUAAUAUUUUCUGUAUAUAUUUACAUUAAUUUUGGCUCAUGUAUACUUAUUUAAAGCUUUCUGAACAAACAAAAUAGUUGAAUUUUCAAAUAUGUACGGUAUAGAAAAUAAAACAAAUUUAACUCGA